UCCGCCAUCAGAAAGUGCGCUCGGGGAGAAAGAAACAUCUCUUCCAACUGUUUAUCCUGACGUCAGUUUGAAGAGAGCGUGCGGCCCCAGUAUCACUUCACGCGACUCACAACUGCGCUUCGCCUGGAUUUCAGGAAUCGAUGGUUGGGAGUCGGUUCACAACUUCAUCACACAAACUAUCGGGAGCCACUGAAAUGAUUUCGGGUUGUUUUCCCAACUGGACUAAAACAUAAGAUGAAUACCUGCGCGUUUCUCCUGAUUCUGGCCGUUCAGAUUCACGCCGAUAGCUUGGAGGGACCAACAGCUGGCUGUACAUUCGAUGAAGACUCGGACCCCAGCCUCUGCGAGUUUAGCCAAGGGGAGGAGGAUGAUUUUGAUUGGCAGCUGUACCGUGCCCAUGCUUCGCCGUACCCUAACUCUGAUCUCCUGCGUGGCUCCUACAUGAUGGUCAACUCCUCCCAGCAUGCAGCUGGGCAGAGGGCUCAGCUUCUUCUGCAGACGUUAAGUGAAAAUGACACGCACUGCGUCCAGUUCAGCUACUUUCUGUACAGCCGAGACGGCCACAGCCCCGGGGCACUGCGCGUUUAUGUGCGGGUCAACGGUGGGCCGCUUGGCAUCCCAGUAUGGAAUGUCUCUGGCUCGCGUGGACGACAAUGGCAUCAAGUGGAACUGGCAGUCAGCACAUUCUGGCCUAAUGAGUACCAGAUAUUGCUAGAGGCAACUGUGGACCGCCGAGGUUACAUCGCUGUGGAUGACAUACUCCUUCUGAAUUACCCCUGUUAUAAAGCUCCUCAUUUCUCUCGUCUGGGGGAUGUGGAAGUUAACGCUGGACAAAAUGCCACUUUCCAGUGUGUGGCGGCAGGGCGUCCGUCUGAAGCGGAGAAGUUCUUGUUAGAGCGGCAUAAUGGUGAAGUUUCCUCUGGUGGUUCUGUUAAGCUCUUGGGCCGCAACCGGUUUUCAGUGUCCUUUCAGCUAGAGGACGUCCAGAAACCAGAGCAGGACCUCUAUCGCUGUGUCACGCAGUCCUCCAGAAGUUCCGGUGUUUCCAACUUCGCUGAACUCAUUGUCAAAGUGCCCCCAUCUCCUAUUGCUCCACCCCAGCUGUUGAGAGCGGGCUCCACGUAUCUUAUCAUUCAGCUCAACACCAACUCCAUUCUGGGCGAUGGUCCCAUCAUUCGCCGUGAAAUCGAAUAUCGGGCCAGUCAGGCACCCUGGUCUGAAAUUCUUGGAGUUAGCAUGGUCACCUAUAAACUCUGGCACCUGGACCCAGAUACAGAGUACCAUAUCAGUGUGCUGCUCACCCGACCGGGCGAAGGGGGGACCGGGCCACCUGGACCACCCCUCAUCAGCAGAACCAAGUGUGCUGAGCCGAUGCGGGCGCUGCGUGAUCUCAGGGCUUUGGAGAUCCAAUCCCGGCAGCUGAUUCUGCAGUGGGAGACGCCGGCCUUCAACUUGACCCGCUGCCAUACGUACUCCGUCUCCCUUUGUUAUCGCUACACAACUUCAGGGGGUGGCGGCGGGCACAACACCACAGUACGAGAAUGCCUGGCUGUGGAGCACAACGUUUCACGCUUCACCCUCAGAGACCUGCCUCCUUAUCACACCAUCCAAAUACGCCUGGCGCUCGCCAAUACGGAGGGCAAGAAGGAGGGAAAGGAGGUCAGCUUUCAAACUGAGGAGGACGUUCCUGGCGGCAUUGCUCCCGAGUCUCUCACGUUCACCCCACUAGAGGACAUGAUCUUCCUCAAAUGGGAGGAGCCUGUGGAACCCAAUGGACUCAUCACACAGUACGAGAUUAGCUACCAGAGCGUUGAAUCAUCAGAUCCCGGGAUCAACGUUCCAGGCCCGAGGCGCACCGUAUCCAAGCUGAGGAAUGAGACGUACCAUAUGUUCUCCAACCUGCACCCUGGCACUACCUAUUUAAUCUCAGUUCGGGCCCGCACUGCCAAGGGUUUCGGGCCGACGGCUCUCACUGAAAUCACCACCAACAUCUCGGCCCCUACAUUUGAUUACGGAGACAUGCCGUCCCCUCUGAGUGAGACUGACAGCACCAUCACGGUCCUCUUACGUCCGGCACAAGGCAGAGGAGCUCCGGUUAGCACGUAUCAGGUGAUCGUGGAAGAGGAAACUGUGAGGAAGGUGAAGAGAGAGCUGGGUGUUCAGGAGUGCUUUCCUAUUCCAACAUCUCACGGCGAGGCUCAGGCCCACGGAGCUCCACAUUACUAUACAGCCGAACUGCCACCCAGCAGCCUCCCAGAAGCCACACCAUUUACUGUGGGAGACAACCACACCUACAACGGCUACUGGAACAGCCCUCUGGAUCCCAGGAAGAACUACCUCAUAUACUUCCAGGCCAUGAGCAACUUUAGAGGAGAAACGAGGAUAAACUGCAUUCGUGUCGCACGUAAAGCUGCCUGUAAGGACCACCAGAAAGCUCUUGAGGUCACUCAACGCUCAGAGGAGAUGGGACUGAUAUUGGGAGUUUGUGCUGGUGGCCUGGUGGUCCUAAUAUUACUGCUAGGAGCAAUUAUUAUAAUCAUCAAGAAAGGAAGGGAUUACCACUCAUAUUCCUAUUAUCCUAGGAAGCCUGUGAACAUGAAUAAGACCCCCAUUACCUACAGGCAAGAGAAGAGUAACAUGAUGGGCUCCAUGGAGCGCAGUUUCACUGAUCAGAGCACUCUACAGGAGGACGAGAGGAUGGCCUUGUCGUUUAUGGACACUCAUACGUGCAGCACACGCAGUGAUCCACGGAGCUCCAUGAACGAGUCCAGCAGUCUGCUUGGUGGAUCGCCCAGGAGACAGUGCGGACGUAAGGGAUCACCCUAUCACACAGGCCAGCUUCAUCCGGCAGUGCGUGUGGCUGAUCUUCUGCAACACAUCAACCAGAUGAAAACCGCAGAGGGCUAUGGCUUUAAACAAGAGUAUGAGAGCUUCUUUGAUGGCUGGGAUAUCAAUAAGAAGAAGGAUAAAACUAAGGGAAGACACGAUACCCUAAUGGGUUAUGACCGUCACAGGGUGAAAUUGCACCCGCUGCUCGGGGAUCCCAACUCUGACUAUAUCAACGCCAAUUAUAUCGAUAUUCGGAUAAACAGGGAAGGUUACCAUCGAUCUAACCACUUCAUCGCCACUCAGGGGCCCAAGCAGGAGACGGUCUAUGAUUUUUGGAGGAUGGUUUGGCAAGAGAACUGCUUUAGCAUCGUCAUGAUCACCAAGCUAGUGGAGGUGGGCAGGGUGAAAUGCUGUAAGUACUGGCCGGAUGAGUCAGAGAUGUACGGAGACAUUAAGAUAACGCUGCUGAAGACGGAAACUCUGGCAGAGUACACAGUGCGAACAUUUGCCCUGGAGCGGAGAGGCUACUCUGCCAAGCACGAAGUGUGCCAGUUUCACUUUACAUCGUGGCCCGAGCAUGGAGUCCCGUACCACGCUACUGGUCUGCUAGCCUUCAUUCGCCGGGUCAAAUCCUCCACACCACCCGAUGCAGGGCCUGUGGUGGUUCACUGCAGUGUGGGAGCGGGCAGAACCGGCUGCUAUAUUGUCCUGGAUGUAAUGUUGGACAUGGCUGAAUGCGAGGGUGUGGUGGACAUCUACAACUGCGUGAAGACCCUCUGCUCUCGCCGUAUAAACAUGAUCCAGACAGAGGAGCAGUACAUAUUCAUUCACGAUGCGAUUCUGGAGGCGUGUCUGUGUGGGGAGACGGCCAUCCCAGUGAAUGAGUUCGCUCUGGCUUAUAAAGAGAUGCUGAGAGUGGAUUCUCAGAGCAACUCCUCACAGCUCCGAGAAGAGUUCCAGACCCUAAACUCUGUCACACCUCAUCUGGACGUUGAGGAGUGCAGUAUCGCCCUUUUACCGCGAAAUCGGGAGAAGAACCGCAGCAUGGACGUUCUCCCUCCGGACCGCGCUUUGGCUUUUCUGGUGACAACUGAGGGCGAGAGCAACAACUACAUCAAUGCUGCGCUGAUGGACAGUUUCCACCGCCCCGCUGCCUUCAUAGUGACCCCUCAUCCGCUGCCCGGCACGACCUCUGACUUCUGGAGACUGGUGUUUGACUAUGGAUGCACCUCUGUGGUUAUGCUGAAUCAGCUGAACCAGUCCAACUCUGCUUGGCCUUGUGUGCAGUACUGGCCUGAACCAGGUCUUCAGCAAUAUGGUCCUAUGCAAGUGGAGUUUCUGUCCAUGUCUGCAGAUGAGGACAUCAUUACCCGUCUCUUCCGGGUCAAAAAUGUGACACGACUGCAGGAAGGUCAGCUGGUUGUGUGCCAGUUUCAGUUCCUGCGCUGGUCUGCAUAUCGUGAUGUGCCUGACUCGAAGAAGGCCUUCCUUAACCUGCUGGCCAGUGUGCAGAAGUGGCAGAGGGAAUGUGGGGAAGGUCGCACCGUGGUUCACUGCCUGAACGGUGGAGGUCGCAGUGGAAUGUACUCUGCCAGUAACAUCCUGAUGGAAAUGAUAGAAUACCAGAACAUGGUGGAUGUCUUCUAUGCUGUCAAGACCCUUCGGAACGCUAAGCCCAACAUGGUGGAGACACUGGAGCAGUAUCGUUUCUGUUAUGAGCUGGUUCUGGAGUAUUUGGACUGCUUGGAGGUCAGAUAGCGGAAUCCCAGCCACCCAUCGCUGACCUCACAGGCCGGAGCAGCACCAACGGCAGGCUCACAUUUACGACCCGAUCUCCAUCUGCACCUCGUUCACCAUCUCUCCAUCUUGUUACUCUGAACAAAAAGCAGGAAAGAGAAAGGACAAAACCCCAAACAUCUAAAUGUGUUACUCCCUCCAUGACUAUUUUAGUUUUUUAGAUAUUUUCAGCCUGUUUUUCUGUGAGCAGUUCUGCAAAAAGGCUCUAAUGCCUGGCAUGGUUGGUUUACCUUUGCUCAUGCGACUGUGAGCUGUUUCUAAAAACAGCGGCUUUAUUUUACACAGGCCUGUUUAUCUCUGGCUGUCGGGACUGAAGAGCAAAAAUAAACAUCAGUUGGAAGAAUAUCUCUCUCUCUUCAUGUGUGACUCAACGGAGCGGAGAGCCAGGCAUCUUUACCGUGGCCCAAUUAAAAGGAGUCGGGCAUCUGCCGUGCCCCUUAAAAGAAGCCGUAAGGACAUCACGCAUACACGUGCAUGCACAAACGCUAACAUCCACACGAUCGUAUGAACAAUACUGACAAUGAAUCAACCAGCAGACUAAUUCCAUCAACUGCCUAUCGAGAUGUCGAUGGCUCUUCAACGGUUUCACCAGUGUCGAGCUAUGCUUUAAACCAAGGCCUUGAGACUGCAUUCCAGCAAGCACAGAUUACAGUACGCUCCUUACCAACAUUUACUGGGGAGCCACCUGAUUGGUCCUUGUGUCAUCCAGAGGCGGAGUUUAUUACCUUAAAUACGGUGCCAUAUUUCUCAAGAGGAAAUGCGGCCAUGUCUGCCGCCCUGGCUUUCCUAUCUUGUUGUGACUGUUGUCUUUUUCCUCUCACCUGUAUAUACUUAAUGUCUGCUGGAAAUCCCUCAAGUCUUAAGGUGUAUGUCUCAAGUGCUAACAGUGGCCAUGUGUGCUUAAAGCAAAGCAAGUACAUUAGCAAGGGGCAGAUGCGAUGCCAAUUCUAAAAGCUGGCGGUGGAUUAAACUCUGACCUUCAUCCACUUACUCAAAGCAUUCGAGAGCCCGGUUAAAAGUGUUUUUACAACAGAGCUGAGAAGGCAAGAACAAGGUGAGGCCGCAUCAGAAUCCAAGGAAACAAAGUUGAAAGAAAUGCUACUUUUUCGCUUGUAACUAUUUAUCUGACUGACUCGUGAUCUUUAAGUGGAUUUUGUUUAACAAUUGUGCAGCUUCGAGUGUACAGCUGAAUCCUGGGCUUGAGAUAAUUCAAAGCAUCCCUUUGGUUUUAUCGCUUCACGGUUCAUUUCGAUUCCAUCUCGAAAUUUCAAAGCUUAUAUUUGCCAUUAUGUCCUCCAGUAGCCUGAUUGAAGAUGGAUGUCUAUUCUCUUUUAAACCGUUUAGUGGAGCUGAUAGCCAAGAGUUAUUGAAAUUGCAUUUAAUGCCAGUAAAUUACAGUACCACUGCAAGCACAAAAUCGGGAAAAUAUCCGGUCAGAGAAUAUAUAUAUAUAUAUUUGCAUACUGUAAGUAUGACACAAACACACCUACUAUGACCCCAACUGUGAAAUGUACAAAAUUGCCAUAUCGGCAAAAUGCCAAGUUAGCAAUCCCAAUGAGUUCAUUAUUUUGCAUAGUUUUCCCCGCAUUGAAUGAUGUCUUGUGACAGCCUGAUUGUUAAAGAAGUCUCUGUGUGAUCAGAUGGAGAUGCUGGAUUACACUACACCACUUAAAUACACCCUGCCUUUUUAAAGUCAGCAAGUGUGUGAAGCCUGGCAUUUAAGUCACGGUGUAAUGCGGAUUAAAGACAGUAACGCAAGUUAUUUUUCACUAUAAUCCCUUUUUGGACUUUCUUGGAAAGUGCCUGGACACUGAUGUGGAAAGUAUGUGUACAUAUAGAUGUAUAUUUGUGUUUUGUGAAUAGUAUGUGAAUAAAGUUUGUUCGGCCAGAUUGCAAAGUUUAACAGGUUGUAGAAAGAGUUGAAUGUACUGUUUAAACACAAGAUCUCUGACACAAAUAUGGAUCUCUAAAAGCCAUUCCAAAGCCAACCCUCCAGAAGCCCCAUUUCGUCACUUUAAAAUCCUCUCAUGAUUGUUUUGUCAUGCUCAUUCCAAAGGCGCGAACCUUCCAACGGGUGUCAUCACUGCAUUAUUUUCCUUAUAGUGUCUCUCUUUGUUUGAGAAAAGAAGGGACUUGACCACUCCUGACAUGUGCUGAAACGGCUGGUGAGCCGGGUCAUUGUUUUCUGUGUUUUGUUAGUUUGUUUUCUUUCAAGUGUUUCUGUAUGAUAUUGAAUGAAAAAGAACUGUGUUUUUGACCAUGUGUUUGUGGGACAGGAUGAGGAUAUGGAGGCAUAUAUUCAAUGGGAAAUUGAGGGUUUGGGGUGGGAUGGGUUGGGUUGUUCAAACAACA